UAUAGACACAACCCAUCAUCGAGGAUGUUCCAGGCGAACUGUUUGUCAAGUUUAACAGUCACAAUGCGACAGAUAUUGUAUCGCUUUCAACACAGACUGAGACAUUUGCUUUUGUGAUGGCAUUAAACUGCAACACAUUCAGUCGUAUUAUCUUUGGAGCGCACACCGCUGCAGAGGCCUGCGUAAAGUUCUGCAGGCCAGUUCAGCAGGCAUGUGGGAGAUACCAAAUGUGUCGAUGGUACUCCGGUGUCACUCAUGAAGAAAACAGACUGGAGGAGGUCAGAGAGCCCGUGGUUCCAGGUGGUCAUAGACGAGUUCUGAAGGAUGUUCUUCCUUUCUCACAGUUUCUCACGGACUCUUUUGGACGGAGACACAAUUACCUAAGAAUUUCCUUAACUGAAAAGUGUAAUCUUCGUUGUCAGUACUGCAUGCCACAAGAUGGGGUAAAACUUACUCCUCGAUCUCAGCUCCUAACAACACAUGAGUUGCUGACAGUAGCCAGACUUUUUGUACAAGAAGGGGUCAACAAGAUACGAAUCACCGGGGGAGAACCACUAAUUCGCCCAGACAUUCUACAUAUAAUAGCGGAACUUAGGAAGUUGGAGGGUCUGAAGACCAUUGCAGUCACCACAAAUGGGAUGAAUUUGGCCAAAAUUUUGCCUGAUCUAAAGAAAGCGGGUGUGGAUCUGCUUAACAUCAGCCUAGACACCCUGGUUCCUGCCAAAUUUGAGUUCAUCACUAGACGAAAAGGGUUUCAUAAGGUGAUGGAAGGCAUUGAAAGGGCUAUUGAAAUGGGUUACAAUCCAGUCAAGGUGAACUGUGUUGUCAUGAGAGGUCUGAAUGAAGAUGAAUUGGUUGAUUUUGUAUCACUGACAGAGAGGAAACCUUUGGAUGUGAGAUUCAUAGAGUACAUGCCUUUUAAUGGUAACAGAUGGAACUUUAAGAUGAUGGUGAGCUAUCAAGAGAUGCUAGAUUGUAUAAAGCAAAAAUGGCCCAAUCUGCAGCCUCUGCCCGGAGAGGAAACAGACACAGCCAAGGCAUUUCAAAUACCAGGAUUUCAGGGCCAGAUGGGUUUCAUUACCUCAAUGUCAGACCAUUUCUGUGGUUCCUGUAACAGACUGCGCAUUACGGCUGAUGGCAACCUCAAGGUUUGUUUAUUUGGGAAUGCAGAGGUGUCUUUGAGAGAUUUUCUGCGUUCUGGAGCAACUGAAAAAGAACUACUGCAUAUCAUAGGGGCAGCGGUUGGGAGGAAGAAGAAACAGCAUGCAGGGAUGCUGAAUAUAUCCAAGAUGAAAAACCGGCCGAUGAUUCUCAUUGGUAGAGACUGCACUUGGCUGCUGCCGAUGUCUCCAUUUAGAGACAAUCAGAGACAGACUCUUCCUCUAAUCCACCGCAUGGAUUUGGCAGCCAUUUCUACAACCCAGUCAUUAGGAAAAUGCAAUCAUCGCCCAUUUCAUGUUAUUGGCUAUCAGGAUUACAAAAGCACUUUUGUUACUGAUGCACUAUAUUCGUUUUAUUCCUUGACACGCUUUACCAAUCGGAAACAAAAUCGCAAAGCCUUAGAAGCACUUUGCAAUGAUAGAAUUUCAAAAUCUUAUCGAGUGACUGUUAGUGCUUCAAAACAAAACAAAUCCAGAAUGUUACUACAGCACAUUUUGCAAAAACACUCUCGUCCACCAGUGCCACAAUCAAAAAUAUUUGCUCUCAUCCCAUUUCUUAGCACAUCUCGCGCACUACUUAAAGAUUCAGCCCUGCAGUUUGCACGGCACUGCCACCACAAAACCCCUGAAUGUGGGUUCCAUUUGAAAAUCCGACAUAAAGACUUAAAAUCCAGCCUUGAUGGAACCUCCAAUCAGUUGACUCACACUGAUGCGCAGGGUAAAGCCUCCAUGGUUAAUGUUGGGGCUAAGGCAGUAACUCGUCGCACAGCUACAGCUUGUGGCAAGGUUAUCCUAGGUCCAAAAGCCUUUAAUCUGGUUUGUGCCAACCAGGUAGCCAAGGGUGAUGCCUUAGCGGUAGCACAGCUAGCGGGCAUCAUGGGUGCCAAGCAGACCUCCAAUCUCAUUCCUCUCUGCCACCCACUUCCUCUUGACCAUGCCUCGGUUACCAUUGAGCUGCUAGAAGAGGAACAUGCUGCUGUCAUCAAGGCGACCUGCCAAACCACAGGCCGCACAGGAGUGGAGAUGGAAGCGCUAACUGCCGUUUCAAUAGCCUCGCUUACCCUCUAUGACAUGUGCAAGUCAGUCAGCCAUGACAUUAUCAUCACUGAUGUAAAGUUACUCAGCAAGACGGGUGGACAACGAGGUGAUUAUCAUCUCUGACUGCACAAACAACACUCUCAUCUGUUUGAGAGCUAGAAUGUAACCACUACGUUUAACUCUUCAGUAACACUUUAUUGAAGGGGUGUUCAUAAGACUGUCAUGACACCUUGUGGCCUUCAUGACAUGUUAUGAAUAUAAAUACAAUUUUAAGCAUGCUUAUGACAACUGUAGCUCAUUUAUGCCAUUUGAAAUGCAAAGGUGACAUUGUUGUGUAUUUGUUAGGGCAACUUGACAAACAAAUACAUCACUACAUGUGUUUUUCUUUGUCAUGACAACUUGACAUUACCAAGACAACAUAACUUUAUAAUGUAAUAUCAUACUUUAACUUUAUAAUGUAUAUCAUAAAAUAUGUCAUAAGCAUGAAUGUCAUGAUGCCAUUAGAAUUGUCAUGAAUAUUUUUCUUAUCACUUUUUCAGAAUUUGUCAUUAAAAUUUAAAAAGUCGCAAAUUUUAUUUCUGCAUCAUUAACGUUUAUUGACAUUUUUAUGACUAAUUCAGUUUGUGCCACUGUUGUUAAACAAAAGAAAAAUAUUAAUGAUGUUGUUAUACAAUAACAUGAUAAUAAUGGUAUUAUGACAAUUAUGCUUGAGAGAUUUAUGACACUUUGGGCCCUAUCAUACAUCCGACGCAAUAAGGUGCAAGGAGUGUUUGCUGCGAUGUGUUGCUAUUUUCAGACCAGCGCAACCCUAGUUUUCCCGUUUUGCGCCAUGUUGUUUAAAAAACAAAUCCAUUUGCGCUGCUUCGUGGACUCAUAGGUGGGCCAGUUUAGAAAAAGGUGUGUUAAGGCGUAUUGUUGGCGCGUUGCUAUUUUGAGGAACUAAAACAGUCUGAAAACUAGUCUGAAGUCCAGUGCAGAGCAUGUUAGUUCUGCGCCUUCAACGCGUUCACAUUGCCUAAAGGGCACCUAUGGCGAAAAAUCUAUUUUUCAAGCUGUUUGGACAGACAUGUGUGUAGGUAUAGUGUAUAAACCAUCAUAUUGGGGUGAUAUAAACACACCCAACCCUUUUUUUUUUUUUCGAUUUAACAACAUAAAAAUUGACCAAUUGGAUCGGUUUUGAGAUCGACCACAGCUUGACGUAGAAGUGUGAUCCCCUCGCCCACCAAUAUUGAUUGACAGGUGCGCAUUACCACAUCCUCAGUUUGUUUUUCACGUCCGCCAUUUUCAGCAUGUCUGAGUCAAAGCGAUGUCACCAAAAGAACACCAUUGCUUUAUUUUUGGAUGUAGGUGAGGUGAGGCUGUAAAGUGUGAGCGUGUUGUCUCACGUGUGCGUCCCUUCAUUGGAAAUAAUGCACUUGCCUUAGUUAUAGCCUCAGCUAAAGUUCAGUGAUCCGUGCAGAAAGACAGUGUUGAGAAGCCUUUACGAUUAAUUAACAAUGACGAAUUAAAGUGCUGUUAAAAGUGAAACCAGUUAAUCGUUGCAUCCCUUUACGGAUGAACCAUGCAUCAUUACGUAGUGCUGUAAAACUAUGCAAAGACACAAAUAUGCAUGGUUUCCGCUACAUUCAUUCUUGCGCCAUGUGCACCAUGCCAAAAUUGAUCCCACCAUGGCUACAUUACAGCUUUUCAUUAAAAACAUUCAGUCGUGUUUUUGUUUUUUUACUUAGCGGAUUAUAAUCACACUAAAACGUAUUAAAAGUUAAGUGAAUUAUAACAGCACAAACUUUUCUGUAACCGUAGUAGUGCUGUGCGUCAUUUGUUUUACCCUUUAAGGUUACGUGCUGACUGACUGACUAGGUGACUGACAGGUGCGUGAUGCGUGAGGCCAGCAAACACGAAGUAUAGCCUUUUCACUUUACUUCAAGGCCGCAUUAAUACUGCUCGGUAGGUCUAUUGGAGACGUUAAUAAAUAUUCCUAGCAAAUCUAAUAAACAUACUCCUUACAUAAACGCACUAAAUCGCACAUCAGCAGCGUUUAUUUGAGAGCGCACAAGAAGAUCUUUGCUGGAGCAGCAUAUAUUUAAGGGGGCUUGUAAUUCUGCACACACAACAUUUGUCAAUGAAAUAACGCCACAGGUAGUUGGUAGAUCUGUUUAAAAAAGGCCUGCUUCCACAGCUGGAAAAAAUCCUAGAGGAAAUGCUGAAAUGAUUUUGUAACUACCACUCUGGCACAUUAGGAAUAUUGAUUCCUCUACAGUAGUCUCUGCUUAGUCUGUAUCCGAGAUAGGGUCGUACAUGAAUGCUGGUCCUCUCACUCAUGUUGCUUCUCUCUAUCUGCCUGUCUGUUGCCAUAAACAAAGUGGGGGAGCUCCUGGCAAAAAAAAAAAAAACUAUCAACUAUCAACUAAAUUCAUGACAAGUUGCUUUUGUGUAAUGUUAUUAUAAUGGUAUUAUUUAUUAAAUUGUAUAUAUUAUAUAUAAAUAUAUGCAUAUUUACAUUUGUUUAAAAAAAAAAAAAAAAAAAGCUUAGAUUUGUCCACCUGUCAGGUUUUAGAUUAUAUAGGGCAUAGGAUAUUUGUUUUGAUAUGACUUUUUUUGACCACACCUCGUUAAUGUUUUUUUUUUUUUUUAUUAGUUUGAUGGAAAUUAGAACUGAAUUUAGAAAUAGAUUUGAAAUAAAUCUUUGCAUUUAAGUAACAAAAUUAAAUAUGUAGGCUAUUGGAUGUCUUCAGUGGAGUGAGUACAACACCGUUUCCUUACCCACGAAAGAGAAAAAUAGAAAGAGACCGAAUGGAGUUCUUUAUCCUCACGCUGCAGAUGGUUUGUUUAACUAUUUUCUCGCAAAAAACAUUCAGUUUUUCCACUUACAAAGUCCGCCAUGUAAAUAACAAAUGCGCCAUGGCUUGACACUGCUGACUCUUAAAGGGAAUGACAGACGAGACUCUGACUUGUUUAAUGCACAUUUAGCUCAGAACACACUCAUAACUCAUUAAGAGAAUAAGCACAACCCUGUGAGACCAUGUGCCAUAGUGGCAGAGUGUGUUUUUCUAUCUUUAAAAUAGCAAAAGUGGAUUCGCACAUGCCCUUAAUGCUUUUGCGCCAUGUACUUUAGACUAUGUGGCUUGAUGGUUAAAAUAGAGCCCAUUACAUUGUUUUGGUUGUGUCAAGUUGUCAAAACAAAAACAUCUCAAACAAUGUCAUCUUUGCAUUUAAAAUUACAUACCUGUGCGAAUGGCACUUAAUAACAGUUGUCAUAUGGGAUUAAUAAAACCUCAUUCAUACUCAUGACAAUCAUGUCAUGUCAUGAUUAUAAUGGUUUCGACAGUCUUAUGAACAGCAUCUUUGUGUAAAGUGUUGCCAGUUCUUCUCUCUAGAGCAAUGGUAUCAAGCUCAAUUCCUGUAGGACCACAGCUCUGCAAAGUUUAGCUUCAACCACCUCCAACUCAGACCUGUUUAAAUGUUUCUAGUAGUCUUGAACACCUUGAUUAGUAGGAUCAGCUGUGUUUGAUAGGGUUUGAGCAAAACUGUGCAGAUCUGUCCUUCAGGAAUUGAGUUAGGACCUAUGCUCUAGAUCAAGGAUCACCAAACUUGUUUCUGGAGGUCCGGUGUCCUGCAGAUUUUAGCUCCAACCCUAAUCAAACACACCUGAACAAGCUAACCAAGGUCUUACAAGGUAUACAACACCCAGGCAGGUGUGUUGAGGCAAGGUGGAGCUAAACCCUGCAUGGCACCGAACCUUCAGGAAUAAGAUUGGUGACCCCUGCUCUAGAGUGACAUUAGGUUUUUUUUUUUUUUUUUGGUAACAAAAUGUGCCUUCAGAUGCCUCUACAGCUGAUAAAGCAGUCAUAUUAACUAUUCUGGUGACCAUGACUGCUUAAAAUGGGACUUGAACAGGCAAGGAUAUGUUUCACUUUUUUUAAAACUGGAAUUAUUUUAAUAAUGACAAUGGAGCAUUUUGUAAUUUUCACCUAUGAAUUUUGAUUGUCUAUGAACAAAUCUCUUUUUGUUGUGAAAAUGUUGUGUAACCGAGAUAAAACAAAUGACACCCAGGUCAUUAAUGAAUGGGUAGGGGAGAAGAAAAAAGAUGCUUUGAAAAAUGUCUCAAUAAACUACAAAUGAGAUUUAACAAUGUAA